AUGUAUGUUAUGUUAGACUCGAUAAUUGACCAACGGAGGAGUGGGGAAACCAUAAAACAAGAUUUCUUGCAAUCCCUGGUGAAGAAGCAUGGCAAAGAUGCACCAGAAGGAGAUGAUGAUGACAAACUCACAGAUAAACAACUUAAGGAUAACAUAUUGACGCUUCUAGUUGCAGGCCACGAUACUACAACUGCUGCUUUAACAUGGCUCCUCAAAUUUCUUCAAGAAAAUCCUGCUGUAUUGGAACGACUAAGAGAGGAGCAUAGAGAAAUCCAAGCUCGAAAACAAGGCACAUUAGAUCUCACCUGGUCUGAAGUCAACAAUAUGCCUUACACCGCCAAAGUAAUCAGUGAAACACUUCGAAUGGCCACAAUCCUUCCGUGGUUUUCAAGAAAAGCAGCACAAGAUUUUGAGAUUGAGGGGUGCAAAAUCAAGAAGGGAUGGUCACUUAACUUGGAUGUAGUGUCUAUUCAUCGCGACCCCAAAAUAUUUCCUAAUCCGGAAAAGUUUGAUCCUUCAAGAUUUGAUGAUCCUCUAAAACCUUUCAGCUUCCUUGGAUUUGGAAGCGGACCACGCAUGUGUCCUGGAAUCAACUUAGCCAAACUGGAAAUUUCUGUCUUUCUUCAUCAUCUUGUCUGCAGAUACAAAUGGACACCAUUAGACACAGAUGACUCCGUCCAGCCAACACUUGUUAGGAUGCUGAAGAACAAGUAUCCUGUCAUGGUUGAGACACUUUAG